AUGAUCACCAACCCAACACCCGAAUCGGAGCAACAACGUAACGUCUGGGCAUCCAUGGACGAUGCUCCAGAAGAAAGCACAAACAACAACAAUACAGAACAACAAUUUCAAAAUGCCAAGACAGGUAAAAUUAAACGAAAGCUUUAUGCUCUCAAAAAGACAAGAAAUGAACCCUAUGAUACAUCUAUGGCCGAUGCUUCGUCAUCGACUUCGGCUCCAUCAAGCAAUUUUGAAGAGGAGGAAACGUUGCAAGUGGCCGACUCGUCCAAUAAUCAAACUGAAGAGAAAGGCUCAUCAUCGAGAAAGAAAAAGCAUCAACACCACCAUAAAUCCACUCCAGCUCAAAAAAGCAAUUACGUUGCUGUCCGUAUUGCAAGUAACCGUUUCACUGCUCUCAAAACCGAAUGGGAGUCCAUAUAUACACCAAUUGUAGAGAAGUUGCAUUUACAAGUGAGAGUGAAUACUAAGCAACAAAAGGUUGAGAUCCGAAUUCCACCAAAGAAAGAGACCAUGUCAACAACAGAGGAAGAAGAUGACACCGAAGAAAAUGAAUCAUUGAAAAACUUGACAAAGGCUAGAGAUUUUGUUCAGGCCUUCAUGCUUGGUUUUGCUGUAGAAGAUGCUUUAGCUCUCUUACGGUUAGACGAUAUUUAUAUUGAAUCAUUUGACGUCAAGGACGUGAAACGUUCAUUACAGGGAGACCAUUUGAGCAGAGCUAUUGCUCGUAUUGCUGGUAAAGGAGGUGCAGUGAAAUUUACAAUUGAAAACGCCACAAAAACUCGUAUUGUUGUGGCUGACGCUCGUAUUCAUGUGAUGGGAUCAUUUGCAAAUAUUCAACUUGCUAGAAGCGCAAUUGUUGAUUUGAUUUUAGGUUCUCCUCCUGGAGUUGUUUACAAUCGUCUGAGAGUGGUGAGUCAACGACUGAAAGAACAAUUUUAA